AUGCAUAAGCAAUAUAAUUUUGCUGGAGUUGAUCUCUUAUAAGAGUAAAUGUCUAAUAAAUACUUAUUAGAUUUCCAGAACAACAAUCUUAUUUUGAAUAAACUUAAGGAUAUCAAAAUGAUUUUGAAUCAUCAAGAUAACCUGUCAUUCCAGAAGUUUACUAACCAACUAAUUUAGGAAAGGACUUAUUCAUUACACUCUAAGUAUAUUAAUUUUUUAACUUCUUAGAAUGAAUAUCGAAAUACCAGAAAGGUAACAACUUAUUCAGAUAAAGCAUUAUUUGAUUUAUGGAAGGUGACUGCAAGAUCAUAAGCAGGUAAACCACCUCCAAAGAAACCAGCAAAAGAACCUGAAAAUGUAUAUUCAUAAAUUUAUUAUAUAUUAGGAGAUAAUGAGGAAACAAAUAGAACAUAAAAGAAAUUUACAUUUUUAUGCUUAAGCUAAUGAGAAAGAUGUUCAAUACACAUUAAAAUAAUUUGGUGAUGCUGAAGAAUAAAAUGCAAAUAUCAGUAAAUUUAUAGAAGAGAGACAAUCAUAAUUGUUACAAUAAAAAAAAAAUUAAGAAAAGAAAAAUAAGAAAAUGAGCAAAGAAGUUUUGAAUAGAUUAUUUCCUAAACCAUUAAUUUAAUAAGAAGAUGACUUAAAAACAAAGGAAAAGAAAUAAAGAGAGUAAUUUGUUGAAGCUGUAAUCUAACAUUAUAAAGCAAAAAAUCCAGAUCAUAAAAAUUUUAAAUAUCCAGAUAGAUUAAGAUAAUAUUGGAGUGAAAUAUAAAAUAAUAAACCUGAAGGUAAAGGUGAUGAUUUUGAUUUGUAUUUUUAAGAUUCAAUGGAAAUAAUAAAUGAUCAAUUUUAUAAAUUUAAAGGAUUUUAUACUGAUAAUGUAGAUGAUAUUAUUAAAAUAUGGAGAUAAACCCUAUAAAAUUCUAAAUAAGAGAUUGUAACAUAUGAAAGUGAAGAAAAUUUAAAAACUCUAUUGACUCAAUAUUUAUAAAUGAAAAAAGAUUAAGAAGAUGUUAAUUUAGGUUUACGUAAAAUAGAAAUGGAAAAGAGUAUGAAAAAAAAGAAAACUGAAAUUAAUUAUUAAAGAGUAACUGAAAUAGCAAAACCUAAAGAUAGAUUAAAAGUAGGAAAAACUUUAUUGGAUUUAAAGAAAAUGUAUCCUAAUGAUAAAAUCUUGAGGAAAAUGUUAUUAUAAGAAUUUCGUGAUACAAAAGUGGCUAAAUAUCCUUAAGAAUAUGAUGUUGUUGAUAGUGAUGAAGAAAAUAAACAAAAAAUGAGACAUCUUUCAUAAAAAGGUGGAUGUGUGAUAACCUUAGAAGAAAUGGAAGUACCAGCAAAAAUGAAAAUAGAUGAAAUAGCUGAUUUAUUUGAAAAACAUAUGGAGAUGUAUUAUUCAGAAAAAUAAACUGCAUUAAGAAAAGAAGAAUAAGAAAGAAAAAAGAAAAGAUAAGCAGAAUUCAAACUUAAUAAAUAUAUAGAAUAAAUGGCUAAAAAGUAUUUAGAAUUAAGAAAAAAGAGAUUUGAAGAAAAAGUACCCACAAUUAAUGAAUAUUUAUCUACUAUGUAUAUAUAAAUGUUGAUAUCACAUAAAGAUGCAACAAAAGAAAACUUUCCACAUUUAAAAUAUGGAGAAAGUAAAAAAUUAAGAAAGAAAUCCUUUCCUAGUUCAUUAAAGAGAUAUUUUUUUGGAAUGAUGAAAUCUUAUGUUAGAAGAAAAUAUGAUUAUAUUAAAGAUGAAACUAAUAGAAUAGGUUUUUGGGUACCAACUAAUGGAAAGAGUAUGUGUGUAGUUCAUAAAGAUUCAUUAUGUCCACCUGGAUGUACAAAAUAGACAUUAAAUCAAAGAGUAAUUGGUUAAAGUCGAUUAGUAAAAGAAGCAUAACUCUUUGCAGAUAGACCAAAAACAUCAGUUUGGGAUUCUGAUAAUUAUUAAUCUGAAAGAUGCAAUAUUAUGAUGACAUUUUCAGAUGCUAAAGAAUGCACAUUUUAACCUGCAGUUUGUUAUAGAAUGCCAGAAAAAUUAAAAAAAGUUAUUUUAUAAACUCAUAAUUGGGCUUAAAGUAAUGUAGGUAAAAGUGGAUCAUUAAAACAUUUCUUAUCAUAAUUUGGAGAAAAUUUCAAAAAAGUACCGUCUAUAUAUAGAUUUGGUAUUUUUAAGAGAUCUUAAGUACUCUAUAGAAAAGGAGAUUAUAGAAAAUCUUAUUAAUUAUUGGCUCUUAGUUUUAAUAUAAGAGAUCUUAAAUUGAUAUUUAGAGAUCCUGAAGUCAAAAUGAAAUAGCCAAAACCACAUCCAAUUUUUAAUGCAUAAAAUAUGGGCAUAGAUGAAGAUGAAUUAAAGAAAGUACCACAUGAAAAUUUAUAAUUAAUGGAACCUGAUUAUUAAAAUAAACCUGAAUAUAAGUUCUUAUUAGAAGUUUAUCUUUUUAUUAAGUAAUUAGAAUCUUAUGAAGAUUAAUUAUACUAAUCAUAGAAUAAUCUUAAAAGAAUGCUAAAAUAGGAUUCUCACUACUAUACUUCAUUAUAAGCUCUAAGUAAAACUUAAUCUUAUGAUUUACGCAAAUUAACUGUUAAAGAUUAAAUGUGCCCAUUAGGAUAGGAUUGUCCUUCAAUUUAAACAAGAUGGCCAAACUCAAAUGUAUCAGGUGUUACACCUAUUGGAGCAGAAUGUAUGUUUGCUCAUCAUCCUUAUGAACUGAGAUUCCGGUAAGAAUUAAGAGCAAGAAAAACUGCUCUAAGAGGCACUCUUAAAGCAGUCACUGAAAGACUAGGAGGUAAUUCAGCCAUUAAAGCAUGGAAUCCUGCUGGAAAUACAAUGAAAUUAUGUAUUGGUUGUUCUGAAAAGGCUUUGUGUUCAGAAUGUGCCAUGAAAAAAAAGAAUAUUGCAACUUUAGAGAUUUUAAGAAGAAAAGCAAAAAAAGCUUAUUUGAAAAUAAAAGAGAGACCUAAAUUUAAGGAAAGAAGAAAAAUGGAAGAAAAAGAAGCUAAAAAUUAUAACAUUAAGUUAAGUUGUCUAAGUAGAGCUAAUGCUUUGUAUAAUAAAGAAAGAUAUUCAGAAGCAUUUGAAGUUAUAUUAAAAGCAAUUGAAAUUGUUAAAUAAGAAAUUGAAGAAUAAGAAAAAGAAUUUGAAGCUAGUUAAUUGAAUCUAAAGAAAUAAUUACAAAUUGAUCCAGACACUGAUGUAACAAUUAAAUAAGUUUAUGAAUCAACUGUUAAAUUGAAUCCUGAUGAUAAAUAAGAAGCAUAAAAAUUAUAUAUGUAUGCUAAAUAGACUCAUCUUGAUGCUGAUCCUGAACCUGAUACCAGAUAAUUUAUUAAUAGACAAAUUGAAUUCCUCUACAAGAAAAUAGAAUAAAAAUUAUAGGAUAAUUUAAACGAUAUAUAAUUGAUGAAAUAGAAAAUUAAUAAGAUUGAAGAUAAAGAAGAUUAAAAAGCUAAGAGCAAAGUCAAAGAUUUAUCAAUGAAGAUGUGUCCAGAAUUCAUUAAAGAUGGUAGAUGUAAGAAGGGAUAAAAGGAUUGUCCAUAUUCUCAUAAUUAUCUUCUAUUAGAUUUAGAACCAACUGAUAGCAAAUUGAAAAGUCUUUAAGAAUCUAUUAAAAUGAAGGAAGUUUCAUUAAGAGAAUCUAAACCACCUAUUCCUUGGGUUUAAUCAGGAAUGAAGGAUGCAGAAGAAUGUAAUAUUGAUUAUAAUUUAUUUUAGACAACAAUACUGCUGCAUAUGAUAAAGAAUUGGAAAGAAAAAGAAUUUUAAGAUCAAAAAGCAAACAAUCAAAAUAAUCAAAAUCAUAAUCAAAGGAUUUGUAUUCCUAAGAUUUUGAAGAUAUCAAAACACCAAUUUAUGAGAGAAAAAAGAAAUAAAACUUUUGA